GUGCACUUCCCUGAGUAAAAUGGCGGACGCAGCUUUGACUUAACAUUGGGUGUCUCCCUGAGUAAUAUGGCGGACGCUGGCUACAAUUGACGUGAUUGGCGAGCCUUCCCUCCCCUCUCAGCGGUGACGCGCGCCUCCGUGUUGAGCGCGGAAACUGCUCCCCGCUCUGCGCGCACUCUCCGCCCGUCUCGUCUCUUUUAUUUUUUUUUUCCACCUCUGGCUAAAGGACCCCUGCGACUUCGCCGUGAAGCCUACAAGGGAUCGUCGCCAACAGGCGACCAUGCUGAACAUGUGGGGUCGCCUCCUGCUGAUGCCCACGCAGCUGAUCCUGCGCGUGCAGUCGGUGUGCGUGCGGGGUAUCCUGUUUUCCCUGGCGCUGCUUGCAGCAUACCUGGCUUUGCUCCGCAUGGCGUGGGGCACACUGAGACACCCACGUGCGGCGCUCAAGAGGCCUCACGUGCGCACCCAGCCGCCGCCCUGCCUCUCCGACAGCACCUUGGGCGAGCACGCCUUUCUGCGGGUCCGGUCAGGGUUGCGGUUCCAUUACGUGAUGGCUGGUGACAGAAACAAGCCUCUCAUGCUGCUGCUGCAUGGCUUCCCCGAGUUCUGGUUCUCGUGGCGACACCAGCUGCGCGAGUUCAGCCCCGACUACCGCGUGGUGGCCGUGGAUCUGCGCGGCUACGGCCAGUCCGAUGCGCCCGCACGGCACGAGGACUACAGCCUGCCGCUCCUGCUCGAAGACAUUCGGUGCAUCAUCGAGGUUCUGGGCUGCACGGGGUGCAUUCUCGUGGGCCACGACUGGGGCGGGCUGCUGGCCUGGCGUUUUGCCAUCCACUACCCGGAGAUGGUAAAGAAGCUCAUCAUCAUGAAUUGUCCACACCCGUCCAUCGGCCUCGGCUACGCGAUGCGUCAUCCUACCCAGCUGCUCAAGUCCAGCUACAUCUUCCUCUUUCAGCUGCCGUGGCUUCCCGAGUUUCUCAUUCGAUACGGUGACUUCCACAUGUUGCGUGAGGCUUUCAAUGGGAAGAAGGCCGGCAUCAGGAACAAGGAGUGUCGCUUCACCGAUGAGGAGAUGGAGGCAUACCUCUUCACGUUCUCUCAGCCCAGAGCCAUCACGGGCCCCAUCAACUACUACAGGAACAUCUUCAACUCUGCUCCGCGACGCCACGUGGAAGUGAAGUCCCCGACGCUGGUCAUCUGGGGCGACGCCGAUGCCUUCCUGGAGGUGGGCAUGACGGAGGGCAUGCAGCAGCACAUUAGCGCGCCCUUCUCGCUGCGCAUCGUGCCAGGCGCCAGCCACUGGGUACAGCAGGACCAGCCCGACGUGGUCAACAAGCUCGUGUGGACCUUCCUCAAGGAGACCGACGACUUUUCAUAAGUUGAUUGCUCUGCCGCUAAGCCCUCUGCUCAGAUGUUAAACGCUCAUUAAAGUGGGUGGAGAGCUAAGAAAUCGGCAGGCAUGUGACGACGCAUUGAUUCAUCGAUUGUAAUUGAUUAUCAUACGAUAUGUGAAUCGAAUCAUGCGCGUGACUUUCGAUUAUCACGAUUUAUAUAAAUUAAGUGGAAAUAAGAUGUAAAUGUAAUGCUAACAGAGCAGACAAAACUCUGGGAAUAAGACUGGAACAUUUAUACAAAACAGAUGGUAAAAACCAGACAAACAAGAAUAGAUUUUUCUAUUGAAUUAUUUUAAGUCGUGGUAAUUCAUCGAAUCACUGUGGAGGUGCAUCAUUUCAUACAUAGUAUUGAGCCGGAAAGCAUCUGGGAUUAAUAAAAAAAAAUCAAACUUAUCAAUCAAAUAAUAGCAGAAAUAUUUUCACUUAUGCAGUUUACUCGUGAUGACAGUGGUAAAAUACUUUGGGUCUGGGUGCCUGUGUACAUUGCUGCCAAUUGCAGGCCCUGAAAAUCACACGUUUGAAUUGAAUCCCAGUUUUCUUUGGCUCUUGGUGGUCCAGAAAUAUCACCUUUGAUUAAAAAUGUGAGCAGCAAAUAUUAUUUUCCAGUGUUGUGAGUAAAGCCAUAUGAGCUGCGACUUAACGAUUUAAAAAAAAAACACUCUAGGAAAGGUCGCUUGGUGGCUUAUGCCAGAGCAUUCAACUGGCACUGCCUGAGAUCCAAAUGGCUGCCUGCGAUUAAGCCCGAUUCUCAUGUGCAGUGAGUUUAUGGUCUCGGCUGAAUUGCCAAUAACUGUACAAAAAAAUGCAUUAAAUUUGGUCUUGCCCUUAAAUUGGCUCUGAGAAUUGAGUUUACAUUAUCCUGCAAUAAAAAAAUGUGCCCCUCGUGUCGAUAAAGAUGCCUGUUGAGAAUUCAGAACAGUUUCUGUGAUGUCAUCUCCCAUGACCCUUCUCCAACACAAAGUGAUGCUCUACUCCUGUGACAGUUCUGAAUGUAAAUGUAUAUAUAUAAUGAACUAACACUGUUAGCACAAUUUGAAUAUAAUUGUAUAUAUGUUUAACUUCUUUUGCACCAUACGUAGCCAACCGUGCUAAACGGAGAUUACCGUGUACAGCAAAAUGCAUUUGCUGGACAUGGUAAUCUAUGGUUGCCAUACGUGUCAAAGUUGUGAUUGAGCCAAGAUCGGACUUGAGCCUCGGUCACAGAUCUGAGGACAAGCAUCGCUCACUCGUGAUGCGGUAAUUCGCCCGCGAGUGACUGCCUGCCAAACGCUGCCACCAAUUGAAGUUGAUGCAGGAGGCCACUGGGCAAACCAACUGGUAUGGUCACACCAUCAUCAGGUUUGGGAUUAGAGAUAGAUUUACCGAUACAGGCAUCGGAACGGUCUUCACGAGUCCGGAAACCAAGUGAAGACCUUCGGCGAGAUGGUGGGAUACUGCGUUCGGGCAAGUCUUGGAAGUCGCGUGUCUGCAGCGUUCGCGAGGCGUGGCGUCACUUCAUGGCUUUGGCCACGAUAACACCUUGGCCUUGAGAGAUAGCGUGAUGGCUACCUAUUGGCUGCAGCACUAUGUUUCAGAGCAGCAGUCUCACGGUUGGUCCCCACUGUUGGAUGACCUGAAUCCACCCCCGGCCAAGACUUGAACUUUCACAAUCCUUCCAGUUGUGAGUCGAGGGCCGAAUAUGCCUAUCCACGCACUUCUGUGCACUUUGCCAUCGUGUAAGGCGGAUUAAAAAAUGGAUGGUUGAAGAUAUGUGAGAAAUUCAAUUGACUGGUUUGGCGAUCUUGAGUAUUGUUAGAGGGCCUAUUUGUGAAUACUUCUAAACUAUAAACUUGUAUAGUUUCGAAGUUUUCAACCAGAGCCAGGUUGUGGUGUUUUUUUUUCACUAAAAGCGAAUUCGUGCUUUACCAGGAUUCCCAUCUCACAGCCAAUUAGGGUUUAUUUUGUGUUAAGAUGCUAAAAGUAAUUGGCUAAAAUCUAUUUACAAUCUGGUUGUUCAAAGCAUGCAUAGCUGGGCAGGCGGUGAUGCCUAUGUGUGUGAUUAUGCCUCACUCAUCGUGUAACUGAUUCAUUGACAUCGGUGCCUAUGUCUAGAGGCAGUAGUGAUGGUCAAUUAGAUAUGCUAUUCUUAGACGUUGGAUCAGCCAAACGUCAGUCUCUCGUUUCAGGGUGAACUGUCAUGUAUCAGUAAACUGAUGCUGCUUCACAGAAUUGAGCACUUGUAGGCAACUGAAGAUAAAAAUAACAAAAUAUAUAAAUUAGCAUUUUUUGUUGAUUUACAGUGGCGUAUAUAUAUAGAAAUUGCUGUGAUUUAGGAUGGCUGACUAGAGCAUGGGUUAUUUGCUUUGUUGUUUAAUAAAUUAGUUCUAUAGUGAAUAAAAUGGAUUGAGUGACAGUAGGAUUGAUAAUAAUUAUGACUUUUAACGAGCCACAGUAUUUACUGUUCACAAAAGAGAACAACGCAGAGGCGGAGGGAAUCGCGGACAAGCGUAAGGCAGCCACGUGGUGAGCUGAUAUCGACAGUUGCCCAAGCCCUGCAGUCCUCUGCAUUAAUAUGUUUUCGGCCAUUUCACGAGUGUUCGUAUGUGGGAGGGAAACUGGAGCAAUCUGGAAAAAUACCCACACAUGCUAGGGGGCAACACUAUACCAUACAGAAGGGAUGGAUAAUAUUAGUCCAAAUGUUGCCAUACCACCUGGCGAGCCAUCUCAACGCUCAUGAGAAGGACCUUUUUUAAAUAUUUGUGCGGUCCACCAACUUUCACACAGCGCUGGAUUACAGGCAUGCGCCAACCACUGCCCACCUUCAACGAGCUCAAUUGAGCAGACUAAAUGGAAGAUAUAUGGCUUUAAUAUUAUCAAGAAGGUAUACAGUAGUCUGACAUGAGUUGUAUAUGCAUGUGUAACACUGAUUACGGCCAUUAGCUGAAAUGUCAACGUUUUUUUUAUUUUGAAGUUGUGGUCAUUGAACAAUUCGAUUUAUAUAUUACAUACUGUGUAAGCAUGUGAUUUCAUCGAUCACUAAUUGCAAUUUCAAAUAUUGUUUCCAUUGUAAUGAUUAUUAGGGAGGAGUGAUUGCAUAGUGGUUAGCACGCUGUGAUAUUAACAAAAGGGCAAUAAAUGUAAUGGUCACUUUUAUGCUUUUUUAUGCCAAUGUGAUGGAAAUUCGCACCAGGCUACAGAUUUUACCUGUCAAGAGUCCUUCUGUACGGUAUUUGCCAGGCCCUUUCAGUGCCUAUUUUUAACAUCAAUCUCAUGUUACUAGUGCAAUAAAUGUCCCAGUUGUCUUGUG